CUCUCUCUCUCUCUCUCUCCUUCUUUCUCUCUCUAAACAUGCUUCACCUUCUCUCCUCCAUUUCCCAUGAAUUUGCCACGUCAUUUCCCCCACUUUAUCCAACCACCGCCUGCCGGCCCCCCUCUCCAUUUCACUCCAAUUCUCUCUCUCUCUCCUCAGCUUCAAUUUCCUCACCUUCCUUAUUCCAUUUUUCUUCCUCUCUUUGUUCAUGUCAUUCACUCCCUUCCUCGAACCCCACUUCGAUUUGAUUCAAUUCAAUUCGAUUUGUUUCACAGCCCCUUUUGAUCCAUAUUUUCUUCUCUCUCUCUGAUUUCAUCUGGGGUUUGCUUAUUUCUCUUCCUUCUACCAUGCCUGCUUGGUGGGCAAGAAAAUUCAGUAAAAACAAAGAGCAUCACAAUCCCCCCACUAAUUUUCUCAACUUCUCUAAAUCUUCUACUUCUUCCCCUAAAUCUGAGCCUAAGAAGGGGGCAGACACCCCCAGGAGCUUCGAUGACCUCUCUUCUCUGAUUUUCUCUCGUAAUUCCCCCAGGCCUUCCAGGGAUCUGGCCUCUUCUGGGGUUGCUGAUGGCGGCGGCGGCUCUUCUGGGUUCUCUGGUUUUGACUCCGAUAGUGGGGAUAAGAGUCACCCUCUUCCGAGACCUGCUACUCCCCCCGCUUUUGGGAUUGAUCAUGGAGUCGGGAUUGGAUCUGGGUCUGUUUCGGUUUCCAGUGUUAGCUCUUCUGGGUCUUCGGAUGAUCAUCCAUCGAAUCAAGAACAGCUUCAGUUUGGAGCUUACAGAGGAUUUGCUGAUACCAGAAUAGAGGCAAGGCCAAGAAGUCCCGGUCCAGGAUCGAGAGGACCCACGAGUCCCACAUCGCCUCUAAACUCACGGUUCUGUGGCAUGAGUCUUGAGUCUCCGACCGGCAAGCUAGAUGAUGGGAAGAGUCGAUGUCAUAAGCUGCCGCUUCCUCCAAGCUCUCCCACCAGCCCUUCUUCGUUGACCAGCACGAAAGCUGUCAAUAUCGGUGAUAACGACCCGGCUACCCAAUCGAAGUGGAAGAGAGGAAGGCUUCUAGGAAGGGGAACAUUUGGGCAUGUUUACCUUGGAUUUAACAGUGUAAGUGGCCAAAUGUGUGCAAUUAAGGAGGUCAAGGUUAUUAGCGAUGACUCGACAUCGAAGGAAUGUCUCAAGCAAUUGAAUCAGGAGAUAACCGUGCUCAGUCAGCUGUCGCAUCCGAACAUCGUCCGGUACUAUGGUAGUGAAAUGGGUGACGAAUCGCUCUCCGUCUAUUUAGAAUACAUCUCCGGUGGCUCAAUCCACAAAUUACUACAAGAAUAUGGCGCCUUCAAAGAACCUGUUAUAAGAAAUUAUACCCGAAAGAUUCUUUCUGGGCUUGCGUAUCUGCACGGGAGAAAUACAGUGCAUAGGGACAUCAAAGGGGCUAAUAUCUUAGUGGAUCCAAAUGGUGAGGUCAAGUUGGUCGACUUCGGCAUGGCAAAACAUAUGACGAAUUGUACUUCGAUGCUUUCGUUCAAAGGCAGUCCUUAUUGGAUGGCCCCUGAGGUUGUGAUGCAUACAAAUGGUUAUAGUCUUGCUGUAGAUAUUUGGAGUUUAGGGUGUACGGUUCUCGAAAUGGCAACGUCUAAGCCACCUUGGAGCAAAUACGAAGGGGUGGCUGCCAUAUUCAAAAUUGGAAAUAGCAAAGAUAUGCCUGAAAUCCCAGACCAUCUCUCCUAUGAUGCUAAAAACUUUGUGCAGCUAUGUUUACAACGCGAUCCAUCGGCACGUCCUUCCGCUGCAGAACUGCUGGAUCACCCUUUUGUUCAAGAUGCAGUAACACCAAGAGCAUCUGAUGUCAACUUUUCCGUGGAUGCAUUUCCCUUUAGCUUCGACGGAUUCCAGACUCCGCCAUUGUUAGAUCAGCAUCCAAACAGAAAAAGUAUAAGCAUAUGUGAUGGAGACUACGUGACAAACCCGACAACCUCGUCGAGAGCUUUGAGGAGUCCUAGGGGAAAUGCACGAAUGAUCACGUCCUUGCCUGUCUCUCCGUCUUCGAGUCCGUUACGGUCGUAUGGCCCGCUACACCAGAGCUGUUAUCGUUCACCACCUCACACAUCUUACAUGGGGUUGGGUCAAAGCUGUUACAAUUUAAACGAAUACGCAUAUAACACGAGACCAAACACAUUGUUCACUCUCGACCCAUCACGAGAUUCAUCGCUAUUGAAAGUGCAGACUCAUGGUGGAUCACCAAGAAGACCUCUUUGACUAUAAACGUUUAAAGAAAAAGAAGAAGAAAAAGACAUCUUCCUCUUAUCCUCAGGUGUAAAUUUAUCCAUUGUGUAUCAGAGAGAUUUGAGUUAUUGAUGAAUGGACGAUGGUGGGAAUGGGAUAAAGCUUUCUUAAGCAAUGGGGAUAUGAUGUAUUUUCUUGGAGAAAUCUUGUGAGUUAUAACAAUAUUUUUUUGGUUCUUGUAAAGGAAAGGUGGUCUGUACAUGUAAUAAUAAGUUUUUGUUUAUUACUACACCGUGACACCGA